GUUACUCAAAAGCGUGCUAUGAGUUGGUGUCAAUCGAAAGGAAAUGUUCCGUAUUUUGAAACAAGUGCAAAGGAGGCUAUCAAUGUUGAACAAGCAUUCCAAACUAUCGCCAAGAAUGCAUUGCAACAAGAGACUGAUCUAGAACUUUACAGCGACUUUCCAGAUCCGAUCAAGAUUGACAGCGAUGUUAACAGAUACGAUGGAUGUAAUUGUUAA